GGACAAUGCUCAUUGCACAUGUAGUAAAUAAAUGUUUUUAUUUUUAAUUAAUUGAUUAAAAUUUUGAUUUGAUAGAGCAAAACACACAAUUUACAUGUUAAAUAAUUUAUUUCGCAAACUUACAAGAAGUAUGAGUGUUUUUACUCAAGAAAUCAAUCCUAUGACGGGAAUCAAAGAAUGGGUUUUAAAAGAUGAACAUUAUGAUUAUUUUCAAGAAAUUGCACGAUCUGCUUUUGCAGAUAUGUUACAUGAUACCGAAAGAAAUCAAAAGUAUUUUCAAGCUAUUCAAGCUGCUGUAACAAAAAUGAAAGCGGCUGGUAAAAAGGCACAUGUUCUUGAUAUUGGAACAGGUACAGGAUUACUAUCAAUGAUAGCUGUUAAAUCAGGAGCAGAUUCUGUAAUUGCAUGUGAAGCUUUUCGACCAAUGUCACAGUGUGCGUUAAAAGUAAUCAAGGAUAAUCAUUUUGAGUUUGAUAUCAAAGUCAUUCCGAAACGUUCAACCGAAUUAACAGUUGGAGAAGAUGGCGAUUUAAAACAUCGUGCAAAUAUUUUAGUAACAGAAGUGUUUGAUACAGAAUUGAUUGGGGAAGGAGCGUUAAGCACAUUUCGUCAUGCACAAAACGAGUUAUUAACUGAUGAUUGUAUUGUUGUUCCAAGUUCUGCAACAAUUUAUGCACAAGUUGUAGAAAGUCCUCUCAUACAAAAUUGGAAUAUAUUAAAAUCAAUUGCGAAUUCAGAUGGGGAAAUUCUAUUAAAUACACCAAGUGAUUUAAAAAAAUGUCCAGGUUCAGUAAAUCUACAUGAUGUACAAUUAAGUCAACUACCACCGAAUUCUUUUAACACAAUAAUUUCACCAACACCAGUUUUUCAUUUUAAUUGGUCCAAACCAUUAAAAUUUACACAAUCCAAUCAAAAAUUAUUAAAAGUCGAGCGUGAUGGUGUCCCUCAUGCUGUUUUUGUAUGGUGGGAUUUAUGUAUGGAUACCGAAUCAAAAAUAUUAUUGAGUUGUGCACCAUAUUGGGCACAUCCUGAUUUCAAUCAAUUGAUCAAAGAUUCACCAAAUACAGAAUAUAAACAGGAUUUAAUACCAUGGCGUGAUCAUUGGAUGCAAGCUAUUUAUUAUUUACCACAAAAUCAUAUUUUUGUACAAAAGAAUGAUGAGGUCACAUUAAUUAGUUGUCAUGAUGAAUACUCGUUAUGGUUUAACUUAAAGAAGGCGACGACGGCUCACAUCGACAUUGAUUUUGUACGACCAAUGUGUGAUUGUUUAUUGCACAUUGCGUAUUCACGUACACGUAUCGGACAAAUAAAUGACGGGAAACGUAAUAAAAAGUAUAUAAAUGUUCUUGAACAAUUAAUUGACUCAAAAUCGAUUUGUUUAAGUAUUAACGAUGGUUCCUUUAUAUCGUUAGCAAUGUUAAAAUUAGGUGCUAAACAUUUAUAUUGUAUUGAAAGUGAUACAAUCGGACAAAAUUUAUUACGAAAAUAUGCUGAAUUUAAUAAUAUCGGAGCGGAUCGUUUAACAAUUUUAGGAAAGUUAAGUGAUUUAAAAAUAGAACAAUUGAAUGAAAUACAAGUGGUGUUUAGUGAACCAAACUUUUUAACAUCUUUAUUACCAUGGGAUAAUUUUCAAUAUUAUAUAUUGUUUAACUCAAUUCGUGAACAUUUACCAAAAGAUGUUACAAUUAUACCUUCGAAAGGUACGAUUAAAGGAGUUGCUGUUGAAUUUUUAGAUUUAUAUAAAAUACGAGCACCGUUAGGUGAAUGUGAAGGUUUUAUAAUGGAUAAAUUUGAUAAGAUGAUUGAUUUAGCUAGCAAAUUAAGUGAUUAUCCUGUUGAACCACAACCAUUAUGGGAAUAUCCAUGUAAAGCGUUAAGUGAACCAUUUCAAAUGUUUGAAUUGAAUUUAAAUAAUGAUUUAUCAUCACACGAUAUUACCAAUGAAAUAGAUUUAAUUGGAUCAGGUAAAUGUAAUGGAGUCGUUCUUUGGAUGGAUUGGGAUUUAAAUGGAAAUGGACAAAAUAUUAUAUCGACAGGACCGACAUCUAAAAUUGAAGUAAAUGAACGAAUUGUAUGGGAUAUGCAUACCAGACAAGGUGUUUAUUUGAUGCCUAAAGCUAAACAGUUAAUACCUAAUACUAAACUACGUUAUCAAAUUAAUGUUCGACCAACUGAGUUUAGAAUUAAUUUUGAAUUUACUUUUAAAAAAAUAAAAAAGUCAUCAUAAUAUGCUUGCGUUUUAUUUUUAUUGUUUAUAGUCCAGUGCCUGCGAGUUUUGACCUCGGAUUUCCGUGAAAGAAUUUGAACGGUCGAAGUGGAAUUGUGUUUUUAUAGCAUAAAUUGAAAAG